AUGACAGAAAACAAAGACAAAAUAUGUUUAUAUUGUAGUCAAGUUGUUUCAUUCCCUUUUUGUCAAAUAGCAUUAUCGUUAUCCAUACAAUUAAACCUUCAUUAUUAUUUAAAAAGGUUUGACUCUGUAUUACAAAGAAUAUUAAUAUCUACAUUAUUUGGUUGUUUAAUAAAUACAAUGGAUGAUUUAAUAUUCAAAGGUAUAUUGACUAUUUAUUGGAAAACCAUUAUAAUACAAGUUUUAAUAGCUUCAGUAUUACAAAUAGAAUCAUUUACAAAAUGGCUUCAAAAUACACCUAUCAUUACUGAUAUAUUUACUAUUAUAUCUUCAUUAGCAAUAGCUACAAGUUUAGUAUCAAAAUAUAUACUAAGAAUAAGAGAUGGACAAUGUACAAUUAUUUGUUUUUUGAAUGCUCUUUUUGCAAGCUAUGGAACAGGUGCAUAUUUAACAAUACUUAAACUUAUAUUUGGUAUUCCACUUCCAAAAAAAGGAGGAAGGAUAAUACCAUCUGAUUUUAUAAACGGUCUUUUGUUUUUAAUUAUAUUUCAUAAUGUAUAUUCAUGGACUUCUUCAUUUUUUGUAGAGAUACUUACUAUUCUUUUUGCUAUUGAAAAGGCAGCAAAUAGUAUCAUUUUACGGCAUUAUGGCUUUUCUAUAAUAGAUUCUAUUUUGUAA